AGCGGCGCCGGAGCUCGUGCGGUUGUCCGGGUGGGGUGACACGUGUGGGCAGGAUAUAGCCUACCCAGCGGGAAAAUUAGUGUUUUAUAUUUUCUGACUUUUAAUUUAUUUUAGGACUCACUUGGAUUUGGACCCUCGAGCUCUCGAGCGCUUUUAAUACACAAAAAGAGGCAAAAUGGGACGCGGAGAAGGACGGGAACAGUAUGAGCCGGCGGCCACCUCAGAACAGGGGGGCAAGAAAUCUAAGGCAAAGGGCAAGAAGGACAAGGACAAAGAUAUGGAUGAACUCAAAAAGGAAGUGGACCUGGAGGACCACAGGCUAUCCCUGGAAGAGCUCAGCAGGAAAUAUAGUGCUGAUCUAACACGGGGUCUGACAUCUGCUCGUGCGAAGGAGAUCCUUGCGCGGGACGGUCCCAAUGCCCUGACGCCCCCUCCCACGACCCCAGAAUGGGUCAAGUUCUGCAAACAGCUCUUCGGUGGCUUUUCCACUCUGCUGUGGAUUGGAGCUCUUCUCUGCUUCCUGGCUUACGGAAUUCUUGCAGCAUCUGAAGAUGAACCAGCGAAUGAUAACCUGUACCUGGGUAUCGUUCUGUCUGCGGUGGUGAUGAUCACCGGCUGCUUCUCCUACUAUCAAGAAGCCAAAAGCUCCAAGAUCAUGGACUCCUUCAAGAACCUCGUCCCACAGCAAGCCCUGGUUGUGCGCGAUGGGGAGAAGAUGAGCAUCAAUGCUGAAGAUGUGGUUGUUGGAGAUCUGGUGGAGGUUAAGGGAGGAGACAGGAUUCCUGCUGAUCUGCGUAUUAUUUCUGCUCAUGGCUGCAAGGUUGAUAACUCCUCCUUGACUGGUGAAUCUGAGCCCCAGACACGUACUCCUGACUUCUCCAAUGACAAUCCUUUGGAGACGAGGAACAUUGCCUUCUUUUCCACCAACUGUGUUGAAGGAACUGCUCGAGGAAUAGUCAUAAACACUGGUGAUCGCACGGUCAUGGGUCGUAUCGCUACUCUCGCCUCUGGCCUUGAAGUCGGCCGAACCCCCAUUUCCAUUGAGAUCGAGCACUUUAUCCACAUCAUCACUGGAGUGGCCGUUUUCCUGGGCGUGUCCUUCUUUAUCCUGUCUCUGAUUCUUGGGUACAGCUGGCUGGAGGCCGUCAUCUUCCUCAUUGGUAUCAUCGUGGCUAAUGUGCCAGAAGGUCUCUUAGCUACUGUUACUGUGUGUCUGACUCUAACCGCCAAGCGAAUGGCGAAGAAGAACUGCCUGGUGAAGAAUCUGGAAGCUGUAGAAACUCUUGGUUCUACUUCCACCAUCUGCUCAGACAAGACCGGAACCCUGACCCAGAACCGGAUGACUGUGGCCCACAUGUGGUUCGAUAACCAGAUCCAUGAAGCCGACACCACAGAGAACCAGAGCGGAACCUCUUUUGACAGAAGCUCUGCUACGUGGGCUGGUCUCGCUCGCAUUGCCGGCCUGUGCAACCGUGCCGUCUUCCUCGCCGAUCAGGAAAACGUCGCAAUUCUCAAGAGAGAUACAGCUGGUGAUGCCUCAGAGUCUGCCCUGCUGAAGUGUAUUGAGCUCUGCUGUGGUUCAGUGAAGGCGAUGAGAGACAAAUACACAAAAAUCGCUGAGAUCCCCUUCAACUCCACCAACAAAUACCAGCUGUCCAUCCACAAGAACUCUAAUGAGGGAGAGUCUAAGCACCUGCUGGUAAUGAAGGGAGCCCCCGAGAGGAUCCUGGACCGAUGCUCCACCAUCAUGCUCCAGGGAAAAGAGCAGCCUCUGGAUGAUGAGAUGAAGGAUGCUUUUCAGAAUGCUUAUUUGGAGCUGGGUGGACUGGGAGAGCGAGUGCUGGGAUUUUGCCACUUCAGCCUUCCUGAUGACCAGUUCCCUGAAGACUUCCAGUUUGACACAGAGGAUGUGAACUUCCCCACUGAGAACCUGUGCUUCGUUGGCCUCAUGUCUAUGAUUGAUCCUCCUCGUGCUGCUGUACCUGAUGCUGUUGGCAAGUGCAGGAGUGCUGGAAUCAAGGUUAUCAUGGUCACUGGAGAUCAUCCCAUCACAGCUAAAGCCAUUGCUAAGGGUGUGGGCAUCAUCUCUGAGGGUAACGAGACUGUGGAAGACAUCGCUGCUCGUCUGAACAUCCCCAUCAAUGAAGUCAACCCCAGAGAUGCCAAGGCUUGUGUGGUCCAUGGUGGAGAUCUGAAAGACCUGACCCCUGAACAGUUAGACGAUGUCUUGAAGCAUCACACUGAGAUUGUGUUCGCCAGAACAUCUCCUCAACAGAAACUCAUCAUUGUGGAAGGCUGCCAGCGCCAGGGCGCUAUCGUGGCUGUGACUGGUGAUGGAGUGAACGAUUCUCCAGCUCUGAAGAAAGCUGAUAUUGGUGUAGCUAUGGGUAUCGCUGGAUCUGAUGUCUCCAAACAGGCUGCUGACAUGAUUCUGCUGGAUGAUAACUUUGCCUCCAUUGUGACUGGAGUAGAAGAAGGUCGCCUGAUCUUUGACAACUUGAAGAAAUCCAUUGCUUACACCUUAACCAGUAACAUUCCUGAGAUCACUCCUUUCCUGCUGUUUAUUAUUGCAAACAUUCCUCUUCCUCUGGGCACUGUGACCAUCCUCUGUAUCGACCUGGGUACUGACAUGGUCCCUGCUAUCUCCUUGGCCUAUGAGGCAGCUGAGAGUGACAUCAUGAAGAGGCAGCCCAGAAACCCCAAAACAGACAAGCUGGUGAAUGAAAGGCUGAUCAGCAUGGCUUAUGGACAGAUUGGUAUGAUUCAGGCUCUCGCUGGAUUCUUCACUUACUUUGUGAUCCUGGCUGAGAAUGGCUUCCUGCCGUCUGAGCUGCUGGGAAUUCGCGUGUACUGGGAUGAUAAGCAUAUGAAUGAUCUGGAGGACAGCUACGGUCAGCAGUGGACAUAUGAGCAGAGGAAGAUCGUGGAGUUUACGUGCCACACUGCGUUCUUCAUCAGUAUUGUGGUUGUGCAGUGGGCUGACUUGAUCAUCUGUAAGACCAGGAGGAACUCAGUCUUCCAACAGGGAAUGAAGAACAAAAUCCUCAUCUUUGGGCUGUUUGAGGAGACCGCCCUCGCUGCCUUCCUGUCCUACUGCCCAGGCAUGGAUGUUGCCCUCAGAAUGUAUCCACUAAAACCAAACUGGUGGUUCUGUGCGUUCCCCUACUCCCUUCUCAUCUUUAUUUAUGAUGAAAUCCGAAAACUCAUCAUCCGACGCAGUCCAGGAGGUUGGGUGGAGAGAGAGACCUACUACUAAAGCAUCCAGUCAACAUCACACAAGUCUCUUUGCAUGGCUGUCUUGCUGCUUGGAAUUUUAACCUCAGUAAUUUGGAUUUUUUGUUUGUUUUUUGUUUAUUUUUUACACACACACACACACACAUAUCUCUUUAGGGAAUGCUUGACACAAACACUGAGAUCGUGAACCAAGACAUUGCGUGCCUUGUUUCUGAAGCCGGACCAAUUUUAUACAUGUUUUUAAAAGAUUAAUAAACUCUCCGUCAGGUCCCACAUUUGGAGUGAAUUGAAUUGAAUGUUAAUUUUUUGUUUUGUUUUAAGUUUUCCACAAAUACCUGGAUCUUGAUGAGAAGGCCGUAUUGUUGUGAACACCGUGUAACUGAGCAGUACUGCACAGAGCAUGUGAUUUUGAAAUUAAUGAUUUUAACUCCACACACUUAGUGAACUCUGUAGUGACCAAACGACCUUUUGGAGUCUCAGUUUUCUACAGCCUCAGUUUCAUAAGGAGGGUAAUGCUGUUAAAAAUAAACGAGAAGAGGCUUACAGAUUCCCAGUAGUUACAGCAUUCCAGUUUAAGCACUUCUGGUAUGCAAACUCUCUUUAAUACCUGGAGGUGGAGGAGAAGGAGGAGGAGGAGGAGGAGAAGAACAGAGCCUUGUUCUUGUUUCUGUUUCACUGUUGAUCUGUGGGUAAAACAACUGCUAAAUUGUAUUAAAUUGCUAUAAAAAUGAUUAAUGUAGAUUUUGUACUGAAUUUUAUCAACAUAAACUCUUAAACUAAGGAGAUAUAUGUAUUUCCAAUAUAUUAAUUGGUUUAGAGAGUGACAAUUGACAAAAUACUAUAUUUUAAACUUCAAAAGAAAUGUAGUGUAUUGAUGUAUUGAUCACGAUACAGGACCUAGGCCUACAAAAAUACAUAGUAAUAAAUAAAGAUUUUUUUUCAAUUAGAUUAAAGGAAAAAAAAAUGAUCCAAUCAGAACAGUGUGAUCUAAAAAGCGUAGUAGUACAACACUGCCCUCUAGUGGUCACAGUUUAUUCACUACACUACACAACACAAACUGAACCACUUCUGACACCAAUGUUUACAAUUAAACGAAUACUUUAAUGGAUAAAAAUGGAUACUGUGCUUUUAAGGAACGAUUGUAGCGAUACUUCGAUUUCUCAAUAUAUCAGUAUGUUCUUUCACCCCGAUUAUCUACUGGUUGUGGUUUGAACGCAACAUAAAAUGACCCACUUCUGACACCAAUCUUUACAUAAUAAACGAAAUACUGUGUUUUAAGAAUCUAUAGAGAAUUGCAAAACAAAAUAUCUUAAUAUUUCGAUAUAUAUAAAUAUCCUAAAGAAAUGAAUAUGUUUAAAGAGUUUGAGCCAGUCAGCCCUUUUUGGUGUCCUGUGGUUUUUACAGGUGUUUACAGCCGCUGUGCUUUAAUCAGAAGUACGUUUCUCUGAUUGGGAUUCUGUUGGUCUCUCUCUCGACGUUUGCCUUUGUAACUUUCUUCUUUAUUAACAGAGGAGCUGGAAGCACAAUCAUAUCUCUGCUGUUCUGCCAAAUUUCCAGCUCCAAGCAUGAGGAGACGGAGAGAAAAAGCAUUUAGCAUGUUUAUCAGGCCUGGAGCAACAUGGCUGCCCGAGAGUUACGUCUCUUUACACUGCCAAUAAUAAAAUAAUGAUAAAUAAAAAAAAUAUAAAAUAAUGCUUUAUACUAUUUGAAGCUGAGGCUGUUGAAAAUGAACUUUUUUGAUUUUUCCGUUCAAGUUUUUUAUAUAUUUCUACACCGUUUAAAAAAAACUGAGCAGGAGAAAAAGAGUUUACCCUGAAAAACCAAAUGUUUAGUUUGUAAUUGUGUAAUUAUGCAAGACAUGCCAUUAUUAAAGCACCAAGGCACAGAUGUUGUUGUUUUUUUGUGUUUUUGAGGUUUUUGAGAUUUUUGAGAUUUUACCACCUUCCACUUCUCUUCUACUGACCAUUUUAGUUUUCAUCAUUUUUUGUGAUUCAAGCUUGAUUUUUUAUUUUUUUUUUAUGAACUUUUAUGGACCUAGUUUACAGUUAUCUCUUUAAAUAAAUCAGACUGCCAUCAUUUCUUUAUUUUUUUAAAAGUUUAAAAUGACCCAAUAUAGCCGAAUAUAUUCAAGUAGCCAAACUGUCUCUUCAGCCAUUUAAAAAAAAUAAAAAAUCUAUAUUAAAACUCUUUAUAAGACCAAAAUUUAUAUACCAUUGACAACUUUGCAUGGAAAUCCACACAUGGUUUGAUAUUGAAGGUUACACUGUGGAUUGGGCACUAUAAUAUGUUCCAAAUAAAUUUCAAAAAUUAGAUCCCCCAAAUGAAAUACUGACUAAACAAAUUAAUACAGAAUAUUUUUUAUUUUUAUUUCUCCUUAUAUAAUUGAAGGAUGGGUAAGAAGACCGCAGCUCACAGUCGGUUGUUCGGCAGAUGAAGCAUGAAAUAAAAACGUCUUUUAUGUUGGAGCAAGUUUAUGCCUGAUGUAUGAAACAGCGGAAGAGUAAAAUACGUGUAAAUUGUAUACAAAACCAUGUAUGUCGUGUGCAUGAUUUUGCAUGACUUUCAGAGAACUAUACAUCUGAAUGCUGAGUGAUGCUGAGUUACUGUAUGACUUGGUCCUUUUGAUCAGCACUCUCAAUUUGUGAAGUGAGAGAAUGCAGAACCAAUUAAUCAACAAUUAAAAGAUUUGUCCUUAAUGCAGAAUAAUCCAGCUCCUGAAUUAACUGAGCUCAAUUUUAGCAAAUGUGUACCGACACGUCGUCACGUCUGCCUGAUUUGGAAUCCGACACUUUUCGAAGCCUUUAGAAAAUGCAGGAAAUGAGCUUGCCAGUUGUUGUUGUCUGUUUAUGACCUAAUGGAUAUGUAAACCAUGUAAAUGCAUUCCCUAUGUGAAUGAAGACUGUUAAUGACAAGAAUAAAAAACAAAACGCACACUUUUCA